AUGAUGAGAAAGUUUGGAAGCAUCAUACCCACACGCAAAUAUACCGGCGUUGCUUCAGAGAGGGGAAAAAAAAAGAAAGAAACAGUAAGGAAGAGAAGAAAUAAACAUGAAUGUACCGCGUCACGAAAACCGAAGCCGAGGAAUUUACGAAACAAAAAAAAAAAAGAAAACAAAAAAAGAAAAAAAGGGGAAAAAAUUGUCUAUUUGCACGCACAAAUACCCCUUAUAUAUAAAUAUAUAAACACACAAAUUUAUAUAUUUAUAUUCACCCGGAACAACAGCAACCACGCUAUCCGCGUAAAAAAAAAAUGUGUUAAAAGAUUAGGAAACAGCACCGAAGGGAGAAAAAGAAGAAGGGAAAGAAGGUAA